GCAAUUUGCAGCCGGGUGCCGCUGCCGGGCAGCCGCCGGGCCUGAAUCGCAGCCACGAACGUCCUGCGGAGUGUGAAGAAGUCCCAGACUGGUUCAGAUGUUGCUGUUUCCUCAGGCUUCAGGUCUAUGGAAAUGCAGGAUCUAGCCAGCCCACACAGUCAACUCAGUGGUAGUAGCGAAUCCCCCAGUGGUCCAAAACUCGAUAACUCUCGCAUAAACAACAAUUCCAUGACUCCCAAUGGCACAGAAGUUAAAACAGAGCCAAUGAGCAGCAGUGAGAUUGCUACUACUACUACUACCACGACAGACGGGUCUUUAGACAAUUUCUCAGGAUCAGCAAUUGGAAGCAGUGGUUUCAGCCCAAGACAAACACAUCAGUUCUCCCCGCCACAGAUUUACCCUUCCAACAGACCAUACCCACAUAUUCUUCCUACCCCCUCUUCACAAACCAUGGCUACAUACGGGCAGACACAGUUUACAACGGGGAUGCAACAAGCUACGGCUUAUGCCACUUACCCCCAGCCUGGCCAGCCCUAUGGAAUUCCUUCAUAUGGCAUCAAGACAGAAGGUGGAUUGGCACAGUCACAGUCUCCUGGACAGACGGGAUUUCUAAGCUACGGUGCCAGCUUUAGCACACCUCAACCUGGACAGGCUCCCUAUAGCUACCAGAUGCAAGGCAGCAGUUUUACAACAUCAUCAGGAAUAUAUGGAGGAAAUAAUUCACUCACAAAUUCUACUGGAUUUAAUAGCUCACAGCAGGAGUACCCCUCUUACCCCGGCUUUGGCCAGGGCCAGUACGCACAGUACUACAACAGCUCUCCGUACCCUGCACACUACAUGAACAGCAGCACCAGCCCCACCACGCCCUCCACCAACGCCACAUACCAGCUCCAGGAAGCACCAUCUGGCAUCGCCAGCCAGGCAGUCACAGAUCCUGCAGCAGAAUACAGUACAAUCCACAGUCCAUCGACACCCAUUAAAGAUUCAGAUUCAGAUAGAUUGCGGCGUAGCUCAGAUGGGAAGGCACGUGGACGUGGCAGAAGAAACAACAACCCUUCACCACCACCUGACUCUGAUCUAGAGAGAGUAUUCAUUUGGGAUUUGGAUGAGACAAUCAUCAUUUUCCAUUCCUUGCUUACAGGGUCCUAUGCUAACAGAUAUGGAAGGGAUCCACCCACUUCUGUGUCUCUCGGGCUCCGAAUGGAAGAGAUGAUUUUCAAUCUGGCGGACACACAUCUGUUCUUUAACGAUUUAGAAGAAUGUGACCAGGUUCACAUUGAUGACGUGUCGUCAGAUGACAACGGGCAGGAUCUAAGCACCUACAACUUUGGGACUGACGGCUUCCCCGCGGCGGCCACCAGCGCCAACCUGUGCCUGGCGACAGGGGUGCGCGGCGGCGUGGACUGGAUGCGGAAGUUGGCCUUCCGGUACCGACGGGUCAAGGAGAUCUACAACACCUACAAGAACAACAUUGGAGGUCUUCUUGGUCCAGCAAAAAGAGAGGCUUGGCUACAGCUAAGAGCAGAAAUUGAAGCUUUGACAGAUUCUUGGUUAACACUUGCACUGAAAGCACUCACCCUUAUUCAUUCAAGGACAAACUGUGUGAACAUUCUUGUAACAACUACUCAGCUAAUUCCAGCUCUGGCCAAGGUCUUGUUGUAUGGACUAGGGGUUGUAUUUCCCAUAGAGAAUAUUUACAGUGCAACUAAAAUAGGAAAGGAAAGUUGUUUUGAGCGAAUAAUUCAAAGAUUUGGAAGAAAAGUGGUGUAUGUUGUUAUAGGGGACGGCGUCGAGGAGGAGCAAGGCGCGAAGAAGCAUGCAAUGCCAUUUUGGAGGAUCUCGAGCCACUCUGACCUUAUGGCCCUGCACCAUGCCUUGGAACUGGAGUACUUGUAGCAGCUCAGCAGCACUUGGAAACCUCAGAGCCUCCUCCUGCCCGUGGCCAGGCUGCCUGUGUCUUGUGUCAGCACGGGGCUGCAGAACGUUGUGAUUCCAGCAUCCUGAGGUGCAGCUGCAGUCGGUCUGAACCCCUGCCCGUGCAGUGGGCGGAGGAGCUCAUCCUUGUCUCCGGCAGCUGUUGGCUCCCUGAGCCCCACGACAACAAGGAGCUGUGAGGAUGUGGGAAGAACUCAUCCUUACCCUGGCUGCCACCACAGGGCAAUGGAGGGGGGGGAAAGAAGGAAGCCGAAGGUUCAUACCUGUGAAGAAGAAAAAGGGACCUGUGAGUGCUUUGUAGUUUCUGGGCUCUUCAGUGUAAUUCAGACCAUCUCUUCAAGACAGCAAACUUGAUUGCACAAUGAAGACUGAGAGUAAUUGUUCUGUAAAGAAUGUUUACUUUUUUGUUUUCUCAUACCCAGGGUACUCUGUACAUUUUAUUUAUGAACAGACUGUAUUUUGACAUCAUAGAACUGAGGAUAUGUGUAAGAGGAGUGAAGGCUAUUGUAAGCCUUUGCCUCAUGGUACAGCAACUACUUUUGAUUUUAGCACAUUGCAGAGUAGUUUAAAAUAUGUCUAAUUUAAGCUGAUAGGUACAUCACUGAGACAAUCGUGUACAGGAAGAAUUUUUUGUGUAAAUUUGUAAUAAUGAAUGAUUCUUUUACAUAUUGCUAAGGUAAAUGCUGCUGACAGGCAGCACUGCCUUGACGGUGAAAGAGUGAGGCCGCAUCUGCACAGCUGCUGUGCUGACUCUUACCCACACCUUGGGUAUAAAUAUGUAGAUAAUGGGUUUAGAGCAAUUUGUCAAGACCAAAAGCAUGGAUGUCAAGUGUCAAUAUGAAUUGGGGUUGGUUCUUCUCAGCUGUUUCUCUGCCUCUUUCGUCUCUCGCCUACUCUGAUUAUGAAAAUACUGAUUUCUUCCCCCCGCCAUGAAGGAAAUACAGAUAAAACACAGCUGAAGAAGAGUCCUUUGCUGUCUUCUGUUUCCUCUUUAAAGUUACCACAACAACC